AUGCUGCUCGCAGGUGUCGUUUCGGCUGGAUUUAUUCUAAAUGUGCUACUUUCCGUAUCCGAUUCUGUUGACGAAGGAAGGUCCACUUUAAUUGAAAGUGAAAGUUUUAAUUUAACCGAUGGGGGCCUUCAGUCUGAGGAUCGGCGGUUUAAUGCUUCUUCGAGUUGGCGGAAGGAUGUUGACCACUCCGAGAGUGGAGAAAAGAUUAUUACUCGCUGUCAUCUUCGCCCAGUAAAUUACUGGAACUAUACUCGAAGUCGCGCAAGGGUUGUUCUGGGUCACGAAUUUGGUACAGCCGUCGGAGCCAGCCAUUCAUCUUCCGCUUCUCCCUACGGGAUUUUCAGUGGCACAGCGCCCCCAUAUCGCCACAACUUGCGCCUCUUCUCCCUGCUUAAUCCAUUCUUUUCUCACCUUCGUGGCAACUAUAUCUUCGUAAAGAACAAGUCCUCUGCGCGCCUUAUCGACAGUCCUUGUAACUUAGUCUUCAUUUUCGCCCAAUGGUGCCCCUUCUCUAUGCGCGCUGCGCCUUACAUCAAUGCGAUCGCACGAGCCUUCCCCCAACUUCCUGUGAUAGCUAUCGAUGUGGACGAGUACCUGGAAUUCCGAUGGAGCCUGCGUGUCUUCUACAUACCCAAAAUCAAGAUUUUUGUUGGCGACCAUGUGUAUAAGGAGUUCAAUGGCACUGAGACGGAUCUUGAUCAGUUGGCUGAUUUUAUUUGGCAGAAUCUACGUCAGAUCCCACAGAAUCCGCUGGAAUUGCGCCGCGAGGAUUUUUUCGGCCCUGUCCCCACCCAAUUGCUAACGCGACCCAGUGAUUACCGCCUCCAAGUGGUGUGGCUUAUCUUUCUUGUUAGCUCUGCAUACUUCUUGGGGUGUUUUAUCGAUUUUCACAAAAUGCGACGCCACAUCACAGGCGCACUCAAAUUAAUGCUCCACUUCGUCGAUCACCGCCGACGUCGAAAACGAAACGUUUCCGCCCAUGCUGCACUUCCGCCUCCACCACUAUCUUCAAAUCUCCAAAACGAUAACGUUUACUGA